GAGCGAAGCCAAUCUAUAAGCAGCGGUUUUUUUGUUAUCUGCCGGCUAGCUAGCUUUGCUUAAGUUAGGUGGGCGGCUGUCCCGUGCGCUUUGCUUCCCAGGCACCAGCUCAGCGCACGACAUGCUCGAAUUACGCGUCUGCCGCCUCACCUCCUCCUCCUCGCCGUCGCGCCCUCCGUCCGCUGCGUCUCCCUCUGCGCGCUGCUCGCUAGCGCUCCCGAUGUUUUUCACCAUGGCGGCCCGCACGCUUCGUUCCCGCUUCUUUACCAACCCUUAUAUACCCGCCUCACUCCCCUCGUCCACCUCCUCGUGACACCUAUAGCUUGCUCGCUCUCCUCGCGGCACAGGUUGCAGCAGGGCGCGCGCGCACACAAAUCGAGACGCUUUGGUUGCUUGCUUGGGGAAGGGGAGGCAGAUACCUGCGUGCAUCAUAGAUAGGUAGGUGCGUAGGUGCACUGCAGAAGCCGAAUUUGGGUGGGCACAUGUCAGUAGGUGCCCAGAUAGAUGGUCGUGCCCUAAGGGUUCAUGGCUGAGCAGCAGCCGCCGGCUGCGUCGUCGACAACGCCGCCGACCCACCAUCCUCCUUCCCCGGUGGUGCAAGUGGAAGCGGGGCACCAGGCUUCGGGUUCGGGCCCGCCGGCCGCGCCUCAUUCUCCUUCUCCGGCGGUGCAGGGCGACGGGGCGGCGGCGGUAGGUGCCGCGGCGCCGGGGAUGGCCACCGCGACGAGCUCGGGGGAGCCGUCGCCGCGGUCGUCCGGGAAGCACGCGUUCUACCGCGGCAUCCGGUGCAGGAGCGGCAAGUGGGUGUCGGAGAUCCGGGAGCCCCGCAAGGCGCGCCGCAUAUGGCUCGGCACGUACCCGGCGGCCGAGAUGGCCGCGGCCGCCUACGACGUCGCGGCGCGGGCGCUGCGCGGGGCCGACGCCGUGCUCAACUUCCCCGCCGCGAUCGCCUCGCGCCAGGCCCCAGCCUCCGCGUCCCCCGCGGACAUACGCGCCGCGGCGGCGGCUGCCGCGGCCGCCGCGCAGCUUGAGCACCCGCCGCAGGGUGGCGAGGCUGCCGCCACCGCCGAUCCUCUCGCCGGGGCUCCGGACCGGCACCAGCACCCCGGCAUGGGCAGCGCUGCAGCCGACGCGGCGGGCUACGCCCAGGAGCCGGGAAUCGGCAGCGACGAGUUCAUGGACGAAGAGGCCAUCUUCGAGAUGCCGCAGCUCCUGCGGAACAUGGCGGCGGGGAUGAUGAUGAGCCCGCCGAGGCUCAGCCCCGACACCUCCGACGAGUCGCCGGACCCGUCGGAGGCCGGGGAGAGCCUCUGGAGCUACCAUGACCCCUAGAUUGCGCAUUGCUAACAUGGCCUAGUCCAUGGCCUAGUGUGGGAGCAGGAGGAGGUACACAUACAUGGACCCCGGCCGUGCAUCGCAGCAGCGUCCUCUAUCCGGUAAUACAAGUGUAUGCCAUAAGCGUAGUGGGACAUGCAUGCUCCCUAGCAAGAGUACUAGUUACCGGAGCAUCCAUUUCAAGCAGUGCUAGUACUACCAUUUUCGAAUUUUAUAAUUUUCCAUUUCUCUCAUUCAUUCAGUAUUCAUCUCCUAUUUCUAUUUUGAAGUGAUUCGAAAUGAUUGAGCAAAGCCCAAUUCUAGUUUUGGUGUGAGAUCAAGCUAGCACAUGUUUUUGAUGUGCCAAGUGGAUCGUAGGGGCGACGCUACUCAGUAUAUAUAAAUAUCGAUAAAUGUGUGGAUGACAUUGUGUCUGAGGACAAGAAAAUUAUUUUGA